AUGAUUUCACCAAAAUUAAACAAGGAACUCUACAACAAUAUAACUCGACUAAAACUAUUAAAUGCGACUACUUCAGAUCCUAAGUUUGUACUUGAUCAAUCACCAUUUAAAGACGAUAGUGAUGAACAAAAUAUAGAUGCUUCUGGAGGUUCAAAGGAAAUCUCAAUUAUUGGGCGAAUUUUCCCAGACUCAGAUAUAUUUAGAGAAGGUGCGUAUCAAAUUGAAAUGAGGUUAACACAAAAUUUCCCAUUUGAUCCACCAAAAGUACGUUUUCUUACUCCAAUCUAUCAUCCAAACGUUGGUGAAGAUGGUGAAUUUUGCCACGAACUAUUAUUAAAAGAAGCUAAAUGGACAAAUAGAAGGACUUUAGUUGAUGUGGUUAAAGCUGUUAUUCAGUAUAUCGACCAUCAUAAUCUAAAUGUUCCAUUGCGUGCUGGUCGGUUUUUUUUACGUUUAACUUGA